AGUUUCCGGUGACAAGGUCGGCGUACGUCCUGCAGCGGGCGGCGGGCUCAUGGCUUUCCUCCUUCGAGCCGUGCCGAGGCUGCAGGGGCCCACUGCAUGGAGGAGGCCUCUACAGGGACUGUGGUGCUGCCCUGGGCAGGGGGAUUCCAAAAGGUGGGUAGGGAGCAGGUCUCCCCACUCACAGGAGAAGUCACCAGGCCCCGAGACCGAAACAUUCCAUACGAUCUACCGAUUCCGAGCCAUCCGAGCAAUUGGAUUCCUCUCUCGGCUGAAGUUGGCACAGACAGCUGUGACUGUGGUGGCCCUGCCCCCGGGCUUCUACUGCUACUCACAAGGCCUCAUGACCCUCAGUUCACUGUGCCUUAUGAGUGGGGUCGCCAGCUUUGCCCUGGCCAUGCUCUGUUGGAUGAGUCACUUCUUCCGGAGACUGGUGGGCAUCCUGUAUGUGAAUGAGUCAGGUACCCUGCUUCGAGUGGCCCACCUGACCUUCUGGGGCAGGCGGCAGGACACGUACUGUGCCGUGUCAGACAUGUUACCCCUGUCAGAAUCCCAGGAACGGGUUCAGGAUGUGUUUGUGCGCAUCCAGCAGUACAGUGGCAAGCAGACCUUCUACCUCAGCUUACGAUAUGGCCGAAUCCUGGACAGGGAACGUUUCUCACAAGUGUUUGGAACCCCGGCCACACCGAAGAACAGCAAGUAGGCCUCUGGUAGCCCUGGCUACACUUGGAUUUUAGACAGAAGGCCAAGGACAUGGAUGAGACAAAAGCUAAUACCGGGGACUCGGCUGGUGCUCACUUUGUAGACAACUUGUUUAGUGUGCAGGAUGUGAAGCCCUGGGUUCGGCCCCUAGCACUACAUAGAACCAGGCAUGGCUUUGCCUGCCUAUACUCAGAACUGGUGACACAGGCAGGUGGAGAAAAAGUUCAGGGUUGUUUUGGGCCAAAAAGGAAGGUAUUAACCAACUUUAGGAAAAAGCCCUUAGUGGAACAUUAUACAUCAUAUAGUGGACAUCCCAUCAUAUAGUGGCCAGAAGUUUCUAUGAACAGGCAGUUCCUGGAGGAGUACUAUGCCAAGAUAACCAAGGCAGUCCGCUGCUGUGAAGCUGGAAGGCAGGAAGGUUGGCAGAGGAGCACAGGAUGUGGAGUCUGGGGACUUGGGUUCUGCUGAGCCUUAGUUCCUUGACCUGGGGCAAGGUAUUGAGUUUCUGAACCUUGAAUUGCAUUGUGAGAUGGAAGACCCUUCUCAUGGGCACGGGUAUGAAAAUAAGAAUAACGACUGGGGCUUUUGGCAGAGCUCUUGCCUAGCAUGUAUAAGGUCCCAAGUUCCAUGCCCAGCACCACAGAACAGGCAAAACCAGUGAAUACUGAGUGCUGUGUAAGGUACACAGCCCAGAGCUUACAACAUAGAGCAAGGCUUCCAGGCUGCCAGUGGGGCCCAGCUCAUGCUCACCAGCUGGAUGCCAUGGCUAAAGCCCAGAGUGGACUUAUUUUUCCCAUCAGCAAGUCACUGCACACCAACAGAGGUAGGGACAGCACCCCUAAGACUAUGUUGAUCCCCAGGAGGUCCAGGGGUGCUCACACUUGGGAGUUUUGUAGUGUCAUCACAGCAGAGGAACUCUGUCAAACAAAAAUUCAUCAUCUGAAGGACAGUGCGUAUGCUGCUUUUCAUAAUAACAAAUACAUGCCUAUUAGGUAGCUGUACCUGCAUUGAAAGGAAAGCAGUCAUGAUCUUUGUAAUUUGCUUUGUAGCUUUCUAGUUUUCCUUCCUUUAAGCAUUUUUCUCUUAUUUGUGUGUGUACCACUGUGCAUAUAAGGAGAUUGGAGGACAACUUUUCCAAGUUGCUUUCCUUUUAGCAUUUGGGUCUUGUGGGUUAAAUUCAGGUUGUCAGGCUCGAUGGCAAGCACCUGCACCCACUGAGCCAUCCUGCCGGUCUUCUUUAAGCAGAGCACGAACACAGGUAACAUUAGACUAGACGUGCCAAAGUGUGUGUUGAGGGGUUCCACCACAGGCCUACACAAAGAGCUACAGGCGACACAGGAACUCUGAGAGCAGCAGUAGUCAGGGAAUGGCACACCCAAUGUGACAUGGGCGGCCCCGAAAACUGGCACAUGCAAGCACAGAGUGAGCCGGAUGCAUGGGUACACAAAUACUAAGGAAAAACAGGCUAUGCAUUUGAAAGGGCAAGGGAGGAUAUAUGAAGGUUUGGAGGGCGGAAAGGGAAGGGGGAAGUACAUGUAAUUCUAUUAUCUCAAACGGCCCUUAAAAUGUGCAUAUCAGAUCAUAACCAUUUUCAGUGCCCUGGACAUGUAGCACAUCCUUGUGUUGCAUAGGCAUUGAUUGCUGCUGGCUAAUUCCAGUACUUCACAGUCCCAGAUACGAUGUAGGCACUCAGGCCAUAGCUGUCCCUGCCUUCGUCCUCUCUCCACCUCUGCCUGUUUGUAGGUGGCAGCUAAUCUGUCUGAAUUUGUUAUUCUGACAUCCGUGAAGGGGAUCAUGAUGUGUUUCCUCCUGUGCGUUUCCAGUGUUAACUUGCUGGUGGUCAGAGCUUAAUCCACUUGAGUCAAUGAAAGUGUCUGUGGGUUUGUUCUUUGUGACUUGACCCUCGGGUGCACUUGAAUGUGAAUGUAUGUGUAUGUUUACCAACUCAGCAGGUCAGUGGACAUCAUGGGCUGUCUCCUCCAUCCCCUCCUCGAUGUGUGAGUAACACUGAAGUAAACAAGGGCUUGUUUGUGUCCUGCUGUGGAUAGAGAAGGAAGUAAAGAAACUAAACUUAGGAGCUAGUAGGUCCUAGUGUCCUCUGGAGCCGUGCUUCAGCUACCUAACUUCACAGUAGGUCCCAUCUAGGAUUCUUUUUAGCUUGUUUUUUUUUCUGAGGUACUUAAAAAAAAAGCAUGUAUUUUUAUGUAUAUGGGUGUUUUUCUACUUAUAGAGUCUGCACAUCAGAAGAGGGUGUCGGUUCACAUUACGACAAUUGUGAGCCACCACGAAUGCUAGGAAUUAAACUCAGGACCUGGGGAAGAACAGCCUGCUCUUAGCUGCUGAGCCAUCUCUCCAGCCUAGUAGUUUUUACUUUUUUGGACUGUAUCUCCUUAUUUUACUCCUGGCUAUCCUGGAGCUUGCUAUAUGUAGACUAGGCUGGCCCUGAACUAAGAAAUCCUCUAGCCUUUGCCUCCUGAGUGUUGGGAUUAAAUAAAGAGGUAUGCACCACAAUUCCGGUUUUUUGUUUUUUUUUGUUUUUUUUUUUUUAAGACAACCUCUCACUAUGAAGACCAAGCUGGCCUGCUGAACUCAAGAGAUACAGAGAUCCACUUGCUCUGCCUCUUGAGUGUGCACCACCAUGUCAGGCCACAAUCUCAUGUGGCUUGUUUGCUGGCUUGAUUUUUUUGAGACGGCUUCUCUGUGUAACCCUGGCUAUCCUGGAACUCACUCUGUAGAUUCAAACUCCUCAUUCAAUCCGCCUGCCUCUGCCUCCCAAGUGCUGGGAUUAAUGGCACAUUCUACCACCACACAGCUAGCUGUUUUGUAGGGCCUUUUUUGUCUCAGCGUUUUGAGGCAGACUCAUACUGUAAUUCUAAUUCUAGGAUUUGGGAAGCAGAGGCAGGGGGAGCACUGCCAAUCUGAGGCCCAGUUUACAUAGUACCAGGGUUGCAUAGAACCUGUCUGAAAAAAAGCCUUCAGCCUCGCCACAACUGGAGCACUGGGAUUCUCUUACUGUUGCCCUGUCCACCUAGAUGUGAGCAAGCUUACACCAUAGCUGCAAGUGCCCCUGGCCUCCAAGCCUUUCCCGCUGUGAUGACCGUGAAGUGAUGUAGGGAGUGGAUGCACUGGACCAUGAGAGCACAGCCAUGUGUGUAGGAUGUCAGCGAUGAAGGACACCUGAAUGUUUUGGACCUACUUUACCAACAAAGAUCCUCUUAGCCUUAAAGGAUUAUGUGAGUAAUAAACUUGGGGGUAGGAGGCGCCAAAAGCCUCAGUGGAUAAAGAUGCUUAGCAUUAUCCCUGACAGCCUGAAUUUGAUCCAAGGACCCAUACAGUGUCAGGAGAGAACUGACUCCUUUGGGCUGUCCUCUGACCUCCCCACGUACACUGUGUCAUGCACACAGACGUCUCUCCACAUAAUAAACAAAAACUGAGAAGUCCUUUAUGGUUUUGUUUUGCUUGAGAGAGGGUCUUUUGAAUUUUAUAGCCCAGGCUAAACUCUAGCUUGCUGCGUAGUUGAGAAUGACUUAGAAUUUGAUUCUACUGGGAUGUUAGAGGUAUGGCCUGAUUGCAGCCAGAGGGCCUCAAGCUAGUUUAGAAAUAUCAGCUUAAGGGCCUGGAGAUGAAGCUCAGUUGGUAGAGUGCUAAGUCCUGGUUUCAAUGUCAAGCACCACAUAAAUUGGUUGGCAGAUGCGUGUAAUCCUAGUGCUCGGGAGGCAUAGGCAGGAGGGUCAGGAGCCCUUGGCCUUUUAGUAAAUUUGUGGUCACUCUGGUCUAAAUUAGACUAUAUCUCAAAACAACAAACCAGUAAGUCUCUGGUUUUGAGUUUGCCUUUGGUUCACUUUUAUGAUGGUAAUACCUUCAAAACACUGCCCAGGCCCUUUCCUGGACCUCCCAUUGCCAGGUUCUCCAGUGACUGCAAUGAGGAGAGUCUGCACACUGCUUAACUAAAAGACUGCUAGGCCUGCAAGGGACAUGC